UCCAUAUUUCGAAAAGUAAAUCAAAGCACAGACGUCUGCUGACUGCUGUGCACUCUACAACUCUUCGUAGCUCGUGCACGUCGGGCUAUCGUCAAAUAAAAGUUCGAAUUAAAAUUGAAAUUGAAUUUAAACAUGGAAAGUGAUACCAUUUGUACUAGUCUUCAGAACUUAGGAUACACGGGGCCGAUUAAUGAUGUUGUUCAAAUGGCACGCCUGCUUGAAAGGAAUGACCCUGGGUACAUAGUAGAUCUGAGUAAAGUUGUGAAUUUUUUGUCACUCAAACUAGGAUCACUUUGCCAACUUGAAGAUAUGGUUAAUGCCAUUGAAAAGCCAGAAGAGGGAGAGAUGUUUUGUAUGGAAUUGGCUGGACUUUUACGAGAACUCUAUUGUCCUUAUAGCGUUUUGAUGGAUGGACCCCCUUGUAACAGACUUACACUUAGAGAAAACCGUUUUAAACUGUUAAACUUUCUCAUUUCUGAAUGCCAAGCUGCAAUGAUGAAUAAUCUUGAAAAUCAACUGGAAAAAUGUUCCCUAAAAUCUGAAACCCCAACAGCUGAAAAACUAAAAUCUGCAUUAAUGACUUUGGGCUUUAGCAAACCACCUUCUGAUAUUUCUGCCAAGCAACUUUUCAAUAAAAUGGGCGUCAAGAUUCGAGAAAUUUUAUCAACAGCCCCAAAAGACUAUCCAGGAUCUCCUCUACUGAAAACAUCACUGACAGAGCAACAAUGGAGUCAGCUUCACCAACUUUUGGGAGAACUGAACAAGGACUAUAAACUGAGACGAGAAAUGUUACUAACCCGGCUUGAUGUGACAGUCCUAUCGUUCACGUGGUCUCCGAAUGUUAAAAGUAAAAUGGAUGAAGUAUCGGCAAUUUUCCAACCCUUGAGAUCUAGCAUGCUGGCAGAGCCCAAUGUGAAUAUCAGUCGCUUGCUAUCCGCUAGAGAGGAUGUUGCUUAUGAGGAGAAAACAAGUAGCGCCUCCGUUAGAGAGAAGACGAAGACUCCGCUUCAACGAAUGCUCAUUGGCGAGGUUCCUGAUCGAGGUGGUCGUGCAACUGAAAACCGACGUCCACCACCCGAAAUGCCCGGAUGGCAGAAACGUAAACCGGAUGGAGGUGGAAGAGGUGGAUAUCGCGGUGGUGGAGGUGGAGGCGGAGGUCAAAGAGGAGGCGGCCGAGUCCAAGGUGGCACAACGACUCGAGCAAGCUACUCACAUAUGCCAAAUUCAACUAUGAAUAAGUUUGGUAGCAGCAGAACUGACACCAAGCCAGCAGUUGCACCUGGUGGAAUUCCUGGAGUACCUGUUACUUCAUUAGAACAACAGAGAAAACCAUACAUUCCACUAGGGGAAAUUCGCCGAAAUAUCCCAACAAACCAAAUAAGACCAGCUCCUGCAGGUCAACAACAACAACAAGUGCUGAUACCAAAUCCAGGACCAUCAAGUUAUCAAAGCUUGCCUGCCUUCAAUCAACAAAUUUCUCAGAUCAAUCUCAGACCUGUUGCAACAAAAGAUGAUGGGGAUGAAGAAACAUCUACCCACAUGACUGAGGAGGAACUGAUGAUGCUCUCUGUCCCAGUCUUAGCCAGACGUUUACUGGAGGCUCAGAAUCGAAUUGCAACUCAAGCAACAGAGAUCAAAGGUCUAAAAUCAUCAUAUCAAAGGCUUCAAGAAGAUAAUCAAGAGCUCAGAGAUCUUUGCUGUUUCUUGGAUGAUGAUCGCCAGAAAGGACGGAAGCUUGCCAGAGAGUGGCAACGUUUCGGUCGUUACACGGCGUCCGUAAUGCGCCAAGAAGUCGCGUCUUAUCAGAAUAAGCUUAAGCAACUCGAAAGUCGACAGCAAGAAUUGACGAGGGAUAAUGGAGAACUGAAAGAGCUUUGCCUUUAUUUGGAUGAAGAAAGGAGCGAAAUCCAACAAGCUCCUUGUGUCUCUUGCGGAGCCACUCCGUCGCCACCCCCAACCGAAUUGAACAUGGCCGGUCUUAAUCAGCAACAGCAACCCGUCCGUGAUGAUGGCGACGGUAGCAGCAGCAGCACCAACGCGGAUGAACCAACCAAUCUCAGCAUGCAUCCAUCCCGAUCGCAUUUAUCGGUCAAUCGUCCUCAGACUCUUUCGGGCAUGGUCCACCAGCGGGUUAUCCGUACCAGCAGCCAAGAUCGAUUACUUGAUGAUCACUCUCAACAUCGUUCGGUAUUGGCCGAGCAAUUGCUGCAAUACACUCGCCAACUGGAGCUUCGCAUACUUCAAAUGGAGGAGGAACGAAGUGGGCAGUCGAACAACGUAAUCCGUCAACCUCAGCAACAGCAGCAGCAAAGAUUGCGCCCACCCCACCCUCCGCCUUACAACGCUGUUCACAAUCAACGGGCCGUUGAGCUUGGCAUCCGUUCGGACGAGAUUCAACAAGAAGACGAUCAACUGGUCCAUUCCCGUCCCGAAGCCGUCACUCGUGCGCUUCGUGUUUUACAGGUCAGAGAAUUUCUAGAACCAUCCAGUUUGGGGGUCCUACCGUCGGUUAGUCGCAGCUCGUCCCGUCAGAGAAGCGGAUUGGUCACUCCCGAUUCAGAGUUGGCCGACGAAGAGGUCGACCGCCUUGGCCAGCAGGCUACUGAUGGAGAAGCCCUUGGAGACGGUGAACGGGCUCUCGUCCACGCCAUGUGCAACGUGGUCUGGAGGAAAUUGGAAGAAGCGCCAUCACUUUAAGUAGGAGAAGAAGAAGAA